CACUUUGCCCUCUUAUUCAUUCACGACCAGGUAAUUCAGAGUUGGCCAUUCUUGAGCCUUUCAAUACCGUUGAAAAGUCCUCUCUCUCUCUCUCUCUCUCUCUCUCUCUAUCUCUUCAACGUUUAAUUUCCCGUGUUUUGUUUUGACUUUCCUCUUUUGAAUUGCCUGAGCUUCCCCCUUGAUCUAUAUAACCAAGCCAAUCCAAACAAAUUCACAAUCUUCUCAGCUAUCAUUUGUCUGCUCUCUCAUCACAAGAGUUCGUCAAUCAUCGCACUCGAAUUCAAUUACCCUUGGAGUCGGCAUCGAGAUUGCAUCAUCAGCUCAUCGAUCCGGCCACAUCACGCCACGAGCGAAUGGACAACAACGAAGUGGAAGUGCCUCCAUUCUUCCUCUGCCCCAUCUCGCUGGAGAUCAUGAGAGAUCCAGUCACCGUCUCGAUGGGGAUAACCUAUGACCGAGAGAGCAUAGAGACAUGGCUGUCGACGUCCAAAAACAGCUUGUGCCCCGUCACCAAACAGCUGAUCUCCGAUACGGACCUGACCCCGAACCACACCCUCCGCCGCCUGAUCCAAUCGUGGUGCACCCUCAACUCGUCGAAUGGCAUCGAGCGGAUCCCAACCCCCAGGGCUCCCAUCAGCAAAGCCCAGAUCACUGAGAUCCUGCGAGAUGCCAAGAAGCCUCCUCUCCAGCAGAAGUGUCUUAGGCGGCUGAGAUCUAUCGCUUCUGGUAAUACUUCAGCCAAGCGUUGCAUGGAACCCGCCGGCGCCGUCGAGUUCCUGGCCUCAGUGAUAAACACCACCUCGCAAGAUCAGUCAUCGGCGUCGGAAGAGGGGUCACUACUUGACAUCAAAUCACCAAGUGACGACGCGUUGUGCAUCCUCUACCAUCUCCAGCUCUCUGUGCCGGGCCUCAAGAGCCUUGUGGCCAAAGACAGUGAGUUCACUGAGUCGCUCACGCUCGUCAUGAAGCGUGGGCCUUACGAGUCGAGGGCAUAUGCAGUGCUGCUGCUCAAGUUGAUGUUUGAGGUUGCCGAGCCGAUGCAGAUCAUCACCCUGAAGCAGGAGUUUUUCGCCGAGGCGGUCCAAGUCCUGCACGACCAGAUCUCUCAGCAGGCCACCAACGCCACGCUGAAGCUACUGAUAAACCUAUGCCCUUGGGGCCGAAACAGGAUAAAAGCCAUCGAAUCUGGGGCAGUCUCGGUAUUGAUCGAGCUGCUUCUCGAUUGUUCUGACCGUAGGACCAGCGAAUUAAUAUUGAUGUUGUUGGAGAUGCUGUGCCAAUGCGCCGAGGGGAGAUCGGAGCUGCUAACGCAUGGGGCGGGCAUCGCAGUUGUGUCGAAGAAGAUACUUAGGGUUUCGCAGGUGGCUAGCGAGAAGGCGGUCCGAAUUCUGCUCUCUGUCUCCAAGUUCUCGGCAACAGGAAGCGUGGCGCAAGAGAUGUUGCAGUUGGGCGUCGCAGCGAAGCUGUUUUUGGUUCUGCAAGUGGACUGUGGGAGGAAGAUCAAAGAAAAGGCGAUUGAGAUACUGAAAUUGCAUGCCAGGGUUUGGAAGCACUCUCCUUGUAUACCCUCCAAUUUUCUCUCUUCAUACCCAUCUUGAAAAUGGACCACUUGUUGUACCAUAUCGAUCUUGAUUAAGGCAAGAUCUUCGACGAUAUU